AUGCACAAGUUUCCACCGGUAAUACCAGAUCGGCAGUUGGUCCAAGUUCAGCGCGUUGGUCAGUUCAUUCAGUCGUCUUUUUCACUCUCGCGGAAGUGUGAGAGGUAUGGGUUCUUGGCUUUUCUGUUUGUCUUUUGCUCUUACAAGAUUUUGUUGGCUAAAAUGUAA